UGUAAUCAAACCCCCAAAACAAAAAAUAAUUUAUAAUCAAUUUCAUCAGGCAUUCAACAAUCAAUUCUAACUAGGGUUCCCAAUUUCAUCAUACGCCAUUGUAAAUGGCUUCGCUUUUUCUCCGCCUUCGGAUCCUUCCUCUCGCAAUUCUUCUUCUCCAUUCUCAAUUCGCUUCCGCUUUGUUUUCCGCUCCUGAAUCCACCACUCCAUACCCUAAGGCGAUUUCUGAUUUGAAGGAAACGAUUGUGAAAGGGUUAGGAUUUACAGCUGAAGAUUUCAAGAUAACUGGGUUUGAUCCAAGGGAAGCUCAGGUUGGGCAUUCGGUGGCUUACGAAUUCGAUGUUGAGAUUGGUCAGAAGGUGAUACCUUUCAAGCUCCUUGAAGAUGUGAACCGAUGGGACUACGUGGAUCUCCCAAUUUUCCGGGUCGAUGAACCGGGUCAGCAAACCGGGUUGGUUCAGAAGAGGGAUUCGGGUCAUGGGUUGCCGGUUUUGGCUCCAUUCCAGCUCGCUGGACCCAUGGAGCUGUGGAUUCAGGAUGCUAAGGACAUGAGGAUCUCUCUCCCUCAUGAUGUAGAUGCUGGGGUGUUAAAAAAAGUGAUAUUGGCUGAAGGUGCUGUGGUUACUGUCAAGGGUGCAAGGUCAGUUAGUCUAAGGCAGCCCCUUGAUCUACCCCUCCCCUUAAACCAAUCGCAUAACGGAUUUGCUGCUGGCCUUCUCACCUUGGCUGAGCAUCUUCGACAUGCUUCUCGUACCCAGGACACACCCCUCCUCUCUCUCCGUAUUGUUGGUCCUACAUCACUUGCGGCCCCGUCCUCAACAUCAGACUCUCCCAACAACAGGUUGAAGCUCAAACGUCUUGCACCUGGUCUUGUGGAGUUAUCAUCCCCAUCAAACAACAAAGCAAUUGAUGCCCUGCCUACUAUUGAUCUCCAUGGUGAAGCCCAGACACUACUUACUCCAACUCAGUUUAGGACACUAUGGCCUCUCACUUCCCUGAAUGGAUCAAACGCCAACUUGUUGGGCUUUGAGAAACUGUUGGCCUCUGUGCUGGGUCCUAAGGCUAACAAGAAGGGUUCCUUCAAAUUGUUGAAGGCUGAUGUUUCAGCUCAGACAUUUGUAAAGAUAGGCUUUCAGGCUGAGAAGAAGCUAAAGGAAGGAGACGGGUUUAGUUUACAGGGUUACCCUGAGUGGAGGACUAAGCCUGAGACUGUGAAAAUGCACUUUGAGGUGUUGGCUAAGCUUGAUGGCGACAAAGUCAUACCAGAGAGAAUUUUGCCGGUAACUCCUGUUAUCGUGGAGGAUACUGUGGCGCCAAAUCUACUCACGGGCAAUGUGACCAUGUCAAAGAUGCCAAUAGUUCAGCCUGCUCCGGAUCCCUUUGCCUUGUAAUUUGUUGGUGGAAGGAUAAAAGGAGUGUGUUUUUGUGUACAUUACCCAGGGGGAUUAUAGAAGAGAGAAGAGAUCCUUGUAUCACUUUUGAUAAUAUACAUAAUAGUUAAGGAAGUUGUAAAAAUGUUGAGGAAUGAAAAUAAUUUGUUUUAUUCUUUUA